GAACAAAAACGCAAAAAGAAAUUUGUGCCUUACACAUCAUAAGAAUAAUUGAAAAUUCAUAACAAAAUAAAUGACUGACAACGUUAAAGAAUGUCAAGAGAAGUUCAUAAACGUGUUGUCGUCAAUCACACCAAAAACAGUUAUCACGGAUGACACUUAUCUGGAGAAAAUUCAAUCAUAUCUAACAUUCAAUGAAUACAAUGAUUUCAUCAAAUGUGCUGAAACCAUCGAAUGGAUCGAGCGAAUGGUUUUAGCAUUCGAAUCCAAUGAUCCACCAACACAACAAAACUGUAAUUUCACCUUGAAAAUACUUUCCUUGAUUUGUUCGAAUGAGUGGCAGUUUGCAGCUAUUAAAGAAAAAGGUUUAUUGGAGAAGAUUUGUUCGGGAAUAGAAAAACAUCCACAACUACAAAGGCCAUCAGUAAAACUCAGUCACAUUCAAUUGUUGCAUUCAAUUUCUCAGCAUUCUAUUGGACUUCAUUGGCUCAAGCAGACAAAAAGCUGGAAACUCUGCAUUAAUUAUUACCAACAGAGUAACACAGUCUUCAUCAUAAAAGAAGCAAGCAGUUUCCUCUUUGACAUCCUCACAAAAUUCACAGAUUUGAUGAAAGAUGAAAAUUUGUGUGUUGAAAUUGUCGAGGAAAUUAUGGAACCGAUCAUUAACUUCUCUACAGAAUAUGGCACCGACAAUAUCGUCGAUGACGAGAAACUUCCAUCAAUUAUGAUGCCAUGCAUUAACGUCUGCAAUCAUUUGUUAAUGAUGUGCAUUGAGUCAAACAAACGCUCAAGAAUGGCUUAUUUGAUUUGUCAGAAAUAUCGAUACGAGAACAAACUGUGGGUGGUUGGUGAUUUAGUUCAAACGAAUGUUGACUUUCUUACAGUUCUGUGCCGUGGCCAUAUACUUGCAAACUUUGCUCGAUUAUCCAGCAUGGACAUUCCUUCAUCAGACACACAAGCAGCUGAUUUGAAGUUUGACAUUCACACAAUUCAUUUCUACAAUCUGAUGCUUAUGUGUUUGAAUCGAAGAAUCUUUAAGAAUGUUAACAUGAUUUGUGAGCUUCACCAUCAACUGUGGUAUAAGUUGGGCGAUCGUGCACCAAAGGAAAUAGUUCUAGAGAAUCACGAUUUAAAAUAUGGCGAUCAAGUUGUAAUGAUUCAAACUUUACCAAUUAUUUACGUGAUAAGAUCACGAUACAAGGCCAAUGCUGAAUACAUCAACGAGCUCUGCACAAAAAUGUUUCACAUGAGUUGUGAACAUACAAUCAGAGUUUUGUAUCAAUAUCGUGAUGGAUUGUCAAACGAAAGUUUUGAGUUUAUUGCUGAUUUAGCUGCAAACUCAAUUCAAAAGAUUUUGUCAUUGAAAAAAUUUCUAAAUCGAGAUCGAGCAAUUCUGGCACUUCAAAUUUUGAUUCAUGUUUUAAAAGGCUAUGUUGAUGAGCCAGAAUAUGGAGUUCGUGAUAAGAAGACGUGCAACACACAACUCGUCAUGCAAGCACCAAAUCUUCUCUCAGCCCUUCUCAUCGGGUUAAAUGAAAUGAUCAAAUAUUAUAAUUUCACAUGGAAGGAAUGCAUAGAAAGCACAACAAUUGUAACAUUACUUUUGGUGUUGCUUGACAAUCCGAAUUUAAGUCCAAGACAAACUGUCGAAUCAUUAAAACUGAUUCAGACAUCGAUUGAACAUUUUCUUGCACCAAAUCUCGCUCUGUUGAUGGAUAAAAUGGAAGGAUCUGGAAUGGAAGAUUUAGGACCAACAAUCUACAAGAGAUUACAUGAUAAUUCAUGGGAAGUACGUGAUUCAACUCUUGAAUUGGUUCAUUCGAUUGUUGAAAUUUCAGACGAAAAAUUUCCACCAUUUCAAAGACAUAUUCUUGAGAGUAAAGUCUGUCACAUCGUUGAAAUAAUUGCAAGAAAUGAUUCAGAACCAUAUGUAAGAGCAUCAGCAUUAAAAGUUUUAGCAUCGAUGAUAAAAAUUCGAGCAUUUUGGGAACAUUCACUUCAUCAGUUGGAUGUAAAGAAAUAUGCUGUUGAAGUUCUCGGAGCUGAGAGUGAAGGUGUUGUUAGACGAGAAGCUGUUGCAUGUAUAACUGCUGUUUACAGACAACAUCAAAUACAACCAGCAUGUCUUGAUCUCAUCUUCUCUGUUCUAACACAUUGCGCUGUUAAUGACUUUUACUGGCAGGUGAGAGUGAACGCAUUAGGAUUCUGGCGUACGGUAAUUUGUCGCCAAUUUUCACAUCAAGGAAUGAUCGAUGGAACUUUUCCUGCCGUGACAUUCUCGAAAGAACAUAAGAAAAUAAUCACAUUAAAUGAUAAAGAAAUUCAUUUGCGAUUGAGAAAAGUUUUAAAUGAACUUUCAUUGCGAGGAUGUUUAGGAAUUUUGAUUUCUUGCCUGCAGGAUAGCGAUUUGGAAGUUAUUAAAGUAGCUGUGGCAAUCGUUGACCGAAUCAUGAUAUAUUUGAACAAAUAUAAUUUUGUUGAAGAAUAUAACAAGAGUAAGAAACCAACAACUGUAAGUGUUGAUCCUGUAAAGCCGGUGAUUGACAGUAAUUACUCAGAAUUUGAGAAUAAUUUGCAUGAAACGAAAGGUCCUGUUGUGAGAAACAACGCUGACUUUAGGAAGAAAACUGAAGUUUCAAUAUCGAAAGAGAAUGGCGAAUGUUGUCCAGACGAUACAAUUAUUGAUUUAAUUGUUCAAAGUGACGACAUUCUUUUACUUACCAACAAAUGUAAAAUGAAUUUGCAAGUUACUUGCGAAAUUUCGAUGGGAAAAAUUGACGAGAAUUUAUUUAAAAAAUACGCGACAGUGUCGCCUGAUGAAUUUCUCGAUUUUGUGACUAAAACCAAUUUUGAUGAAUUGAUUAAGGAGAAGUCAGAAUGGCUGAAACAUUCAGAGAACUUCUCUACAUUACUUGACGAUGUCUUGAGAUCUUUUGGAAUCAGUAUGGAUCUCGACUGCUAUUAAUGAUGCCGUUUUACCUCUUGCCAGAAUGCUUUUUACCGAAUAUCUGCGUCCGAAUCAGCGCACAACAUUCCCAAAAAAUAAACUUAAUGAGUAUUUUUACAUAUUUUUUUUUGUUUCCUUUAUCUUCAAUAUUCAAUUAAGCACAUUUUCUUUUUCGUUUCGUUAAAUAUUAUAAAAUUUUUAUGUGAAAAACAUUUAAUUGAAAUAGAACAAUGAUUGAAAUAAAUGUUGAAUACACAAACACAAAG